AUAACCUACAGUGUAUAAAAGAUACCAGAUACCAGUUAUUUUACAUUUUAUAGUUCACACACAAUAAAUAAUAAACAAAUCAGGCUAGAUUACUUAUCACGACAUAUAAAAGAGGAUUUAUCAGCUAUUGUGGUUUCAGAUUGUGUAGGCAUAAUGGCAAAUAAACAUGUAGGAACACUGUCUAUGGGCUCUCAUACUUUUGAAAUUCCCCCCAUACUAUAUGAAACCAAUAGAAAGAGACUUGUGGAACGAUUGAAAAAAGUUGUAGAAAACUCUGUUGUGGUUCUCCAAGGUGGAUCUGAGGUUUCCAUCUAUGACUCGGACACAAGCUACCUCUUCAGACAGGAAGCGUACUUCAAUUGGUGUUUUGGAGUUACUGAAGCUGACUGCUAUGGAAUCAUAGAUGUUGUAACAGGAGAUAGCCAUUUAUUCUUUCCUCGUCUUCCAGUAGAGUAUGCUGUAUGGAUGGGUCCUCUCACUCCUUUGGAUCAAUUUAAAAAGAAGUAUAAGUCACAUCAUGUACACUACGUCGAUGAACUGAAACAGGUACUCGAAAACCUAAACAGAGAGACUUUACUGGUAUUGAAUGGUGUUAAUAGUGACAGUGGCCUUACAGCCAAAGCUGCUACUUUUGAGGGUAUCGAAAAGUUUAAAGUGAACAAUAAGGACCUUUUUCCAAUAAUAGCAGAUCUUCGAGUAAUUAAAACACCCUACGAACUAGAUGUACUUAAAUACGUUACUGAAGUGUCUUCAGCAGCACAUAGACAUGUUAUGCGAUUCGCUAAAGCGGGAACAUUCGAAUAUCAGUGUGAAUCAGAAUUCUUAAACUACUGCUACAAACAUGGCGGAUGUAGGCAUACUGCGUAUACCUGUAUAUGUGGAUCGGGGAUUAAUUCGGCAGUUUUGCACUAUGGGCAUGCUGGAGCCCCCAACAACUUUCAACUGGAAGAUGGAAAAUUGUGCCUAUUUGAUAUGGGAGGCGAAUACUAUGGUUACGCAGCUGACAUUACAGUAACUUUCCCAAUUAACGGCAAGUUUUCUCCACAACAAAAAAUCAUAUAUGAAGCUGUUUUAAAAUCAAAUGAAGCUGUUCUCAAAGCGGGUAAACCAGGAGUGUCGUGGACUGAUAUGCAUUUAUUGUCCAAUAGAGUCUUGCUGGAAGAACUUAAGAAAGGGGGACUUCUACAGGGUUCCGUAGAUGAUAUGAUAGCGGCUGAUAUUGCACCUAUCUUUCAACCUCAUGGUUUGGGACACUUUGUUGGUUUGAAUGUACAUGAUGUUGGAGGUUAUUUAAAAGGAAAUCCGGAACGAUCUACAAAACCUGGAUUAAAAAGUUUGAGAACUGCCAGGAUUUUAGAAAAAAAUAUGGUACUAACUAUUGAACCUGGCUGUUAUUUCAUUAAUAUCCUAUUAGAUAAUGCCCUAGCUGACCCUAAUAAAUCCAAGUUUUUAGUCGCAGAUGUCAUUAACACUUAUAGGAAUUUUGGCGGUGUUCGCAUUGAAGAUGAUGUAGUAGUUACAGAAGAUGGUAUUAGGAAUUUAACCAAAGUGCCAAGAACUGUCCAGGAGAUUGAAGACUGGAUAGCGGGAAAAGAUGACGACAAAAAGUAUGCCUAAUAUUGAAAAUAUCCCGGGAACUUUAUAUUUUGAUAAUCCUUUGUAUUCAUAUUAUUUUUGUUAUUACUUUACCAAGAUUAUUCUAGUAUUACUAUAACUAUGUGAUACAGUUUUUUACAAUAUUAGUAUUGAAGUGUCAACUUUGAAAUAUUGUUAGAGUUAUUAAAGUAUAUUUAUGCAGAUAUU